AGUUUGCAGAUGGCGCUUUUACAAAUAUAUUUAACAUAAUAGCAAAUAGAAGAAUAAACGUUGGGUAAUUCAUAUUCUUGCCGAUUUCAGUGCAUUUACGUUUUCAUAAUACUUUGGAUAUAACUAUUGGUGAAUGAAAAUUUGAAGCUCAAUUCUCUUCAAUAAAGAGUCAAGGAAUUGUUAAAUAACGGUUAGAAUUUGAAAGUGACGCUACAACUAAACGAUAAUGAGGGCUCUUAUCACUUUACUAUGGAUAUGCUUAUUUGUUAUAUCUGUUCAGUCAUCAGACACGCGUGAAGAUGAGGAUUUCAAAUUACAUCUAAUAGGGAGAAUCGAUUAUACAGUCAACAGUCCAGUUGGCAAAUUUUAUCCUAGUGUGGGGUUGUACGCCAGUAAGAGUAAAGAAGAAUUGCAACAGUUGAAGAAGGGUGGCAAUAUUACGCUGGUAUGCAGCGUUGAUGAGCCAAAAAAGCAAAUGAAAAUUAGUUUAUUCAAAAAAUUCGAAAAGGAUAACGGAGAUUCUGAGUAUAAGUUUCUCGGAGGUCAUCUCAACUCCGCCGAAUCUCCACCAACAGAAUUUACGAAGAACAGAUACUUUUAUCCUGUGAAUUACAAAUCAUACGCAGAGAAAGGUUAUGGAAGAUAUCUUCGUUUUACAAUGACUGACAUAGGACCCAAUGAUAUGGGUGAAUUUGCUUGUAGACCGUCAACGGGCGGAAUAUCUCCAAACACCUAUAUAAAGACUAAACUAGUAAUACCAUACUUACCGAUAGAAUCGACUGAAUUAAAAGAAAUUACUCAAAACAUAAACGAAACUGUGGAAAAAGAACUGGAGAAGGAGAGUGAAGACCCAAUUAUUGUAUUAAAAUCGGAUAAAACUAAAAGGCUUCAAUACAAAGUAUCUUUGAAAACAGAAGAAAAACCAAUCAUAACAUUUGAUGGUGGAGAACAUGAAAAAGAGAGCCCUGUGAAAUGGGAUGGUCCUGAUGUCGAAUGCGAUAAGAGUAAAAUAGAUGUGAUUUAUCAACAUACCAUUUGUUAUUACACAUACACGGCAAAAUUUAGUGAUUUUAAGUUGACGGAUAACCAGGGAAGUAUUAGACUGAAGGCAGCAGCCAAGAAGUUUGAAAGCGAAUCUGAUAUCAUUCAUCGCACGUUGAAAAUUGUUAGCAAGCCGGAAUUUGAAUGUCAAGAUUAUACUCACAUCAAGAAAUCCUCAUCUGGACCGUUUAAUAUUUCUUGUAGUAUUUACAUGAAUCCUCUUACGGAAGAUUGGAAAUGGUCUGUUAAUGAAGAAUUCGAAUUGCAUCCCUUAAAUAAAACGGUGAUUGUAGACAAUACCACAAUAACCGUUGAAUCAUCUAAGAUCGAUGAUGAAUACAAGCUUGAACUGGUCUUAUCUACAAAUGAAUUUGAUGUAAGCUUUUUGGAAAGCUUGGAUUUAAAAUUGAAGGCAGAAAAUGAGCAUGGUUCGAAUGAAAAAGAAAUUUCUAUUUCAUGGGCAGGUAAGUCUCUCAUGUUUAUACUUUUUAUAUCAUACAUUUAUGUCGGUAUAGGUAUUUUUUUUUCUACUAGGCUUCUGUUUUUCAUUUCAAAUAUUACUUUACCUACUUUACUAACCAUUUUGAAUGCAUGCAUCAGUAAUUUAUUUUACUUUAUUGUGAUGCUUCUACUUUGCGAAAAAUUAAGUAAAAUUAACAUUAAAAUCAUUGUGUGGAGUAAUGACGAGGUCAUUUUCACCAAUAUAUCAUCGAGUGAAUGAGUCGAUAGCAACCGGGCUUACAUUUUAGUGCCAAUACAAAUUUUUGCAGAAGAUACAACAGAAAAAUCGACCGAUAAGGGCAACUACAACCAUAGUGGUAAGGCAAACGAUCUGACGCUUCAUAGUCGUAUGUUUUGCGGUCUUACGGCUUUAUUAAUUAGCUUUUUCUUCCUCCUCUGAGACAAGGAGACAAACUUAAUAUAACAACUUGCUAAGACAGGAAGAAAUCUAGUCAAUUAAACUGUAAAAUCUAGGAUAAAAGUCUAAUAAUAUUAUAGAUAACAAUCUGAUUUUCUGUUUCACAAAGACAACGUAACAUUUCAAUGCUUUUAGAUGUAUAAAGUAAAUUUUUGUCAAGUGCACAACUAGAUGAUUUGUUGUAAUAUUUAUUAAUAUAUUAAACUUGAAUGAUUGCGAUGUCUCGCCAGAUGUUCUAAAUAAAAUACUGAGAGAAAAUAUUUCACUUUUUUCUCUAGCGUAUUUAUAUAUCUAUGGUCAGAAGAUAUAGUCCUAUUAUUAUUAUUAUAUAUAUAUAUAUCCUGACCUGACCUAUAUUUAUACAUUUCAAUGGUGUAAUUCGAAUAAAUUUUCUGAUAAAGGAGGUACCAGAAAAAUACCAACUGUAGAUUUAAAGCGAUUCCCUUUCUACACAAUGUCCUAUUUAUUUUACUAUUUCAUUCUUCUAAAUUACAAUGACAGAUUGAUCUUAGCGUGUGAUCUACAAAUAAUUUUACUUUAAUGACUAAAAUUUUUCAAUUAAAGUUUAAAAUAUAUAGAAUCAGAGACUAAUUUAUAUAUCAGGAAAGACAAAAAUCGAAAAGAAAUAUAUUACUUUUUUUAUAUCGUUUAUAAAUCUUUCUCGAGUUUAUUUAAUAUUUGAUGAAAUAUAGACUUAAUUUAAUAAAAAUAUCAUAUGCCGUGCACUAGUUAACAUAAUUAAAUAUUAUUUCUUACACUUGUAAAUUUGUUGUUUUAGAUAUUUUUGUGGCAGAGUAAAAAUAGCUUAUUUAUUUUCAUUUAUGGUUAAAGCUUAAUUACCCAAAGGAUCAAAUAGAGAAGGAGCAGUUUUGUGAUAUACAAUAUACAUAUGAUUAAUUCCCUGCAGCAAAAAAAAACAUGUUAUGCACAUAAAAAAAACGAAUAAUAAAAUAAGUGAUUUUUACGAGGGAAUAUCGAUUGGGAUAUUCGUAGUAAUUUACAAAUUAUACAAAAUAUGCAUCAAGUAAGCAGACUACUACCAAUUAUUCUAAAUAAUUGCAUUUAGAGAAUAUUAAUUCUGUAUCUAAUAAUAGGUGAUCAUAACAUAAAAGAGAGAAACAUUUUUUACUCAAUAUAAGAUAAAUUCAAGUGUCUGAUUUAUUAUCCAAGUCGAUAAAAUAUGUUACAAACUAUGAAUAGAAAUGAUAUAUAGUUAAUAAUAGGAAAAAAACCUGUCAAAUACUGUUUUUUUUUAGAUAAAGAUAGAUAAAGAGGAAAAACAAGGCGAGUAAUAUUUAAUACGUUGAUAAUUGCCGUGAAAUCAAUUAGAACAACAAGAUGUAUGAGCUCUUAUCAAACACCCUUUCAAAUAUAAAGUUAUAUUCAAUAGUAGUUUCGAGUUAUAUCUUACAGAGUUUGAAAUGUAAUAUUUUCUAUUACGUUGAUAUUAAUAUAAUAUACAUAUACUGUAUAUAUAUAUACAGUAUAUAUAUAUAUACAGGAAUAUGUCAAGUAAACAUUAUUGCAGCACAGAAAGUAUACUUUAUAAAAUGAGUGUCUCUAGCCGAUUGUUUUUAAGGUAUCUGGCUCUUGCGAUGUCGUAAUUAAUACGAUUCUUGCAACGGCAAAAAAACGUGAUGGAUACAAAGCUUAUAACUACAGUGAUGAGCAUAAUUUUGCAUGAUUAUAUUUUCUUAUUUUUUUUGUCAAUAUAAUUCUUGUCAAUUUCCAUAAAAUGAUUUACAAAAUGCCGAAGCCGCUUUUUUAUGUGAAUUGUAAAUGGCUCAAUAGUACUUUUCUUAUUGAUUUUGGUUAUUAACUUUUUGAGAAAUAAUUUGAGAAAACCUUUUCUAUUAUGAUUACCUUCUUUAUAUUUGUAUUGUCCGAUGAUUCUCAAUUCGAUUGUUCUUUAUAAACUUUUUAAAAUUUUCAGGAAACGUUAACAGCGGAAGCGCAUCAAUUGCAGCUCAUAUACUUUUAAUGGUGACUAUUUUGUCGCUCCUCACGAGAUAAGAAUUUUAUGAUACUGUUAGAAAAGGAAAGAGUUCUGGAAAUGAUUAAGUUCGUAUUUCUUUAUAUGUUUUUCUAUAGUUUCUUCAACAUCUGAGUUGAAUAUUGCUACGAUUUGUUUAUUUAUAGAAAAUGCACGUGAUGCAGUAGCUAACCUCGUUUUAAACAUAUGUUUUUAAGCGACAGAUGCCUGAUUAAUGGCAUUCCAUUGCUGCAGCUUUUUAUACCAGUCAAAAAAUAUCUAUUUUCAAAUAAAUAUAUAAUUGGUAUAUAUCUUUUUUUUUCUACAGGGUUUCUUUCCAAAGAAUCAAUAGCGAACUCACAUUCCUACACUUUUAAUAAUCAAAUUAUAUUUUUCUGCUUCUUUCCACGUUCUCUUUGUAUUUUUGUUUUACUGUCCUUUUUUAUAUUUAAGUGUUCGUAGAAGUUAUGAGAUUAUAGUUAAUACUCCUUUUAAGUUUCUAUUUUUACGUUCAUUGUUAUAUGGCAAAAACCAGCUGUAAAAACUCAAUAGCAACCAUUAUUUAAAAAUAAGAAAAAGAACAUCUUCAAAAGCUUACUCAUAGAUAAUUUACUAAAGUUUACAGCUGUACACAAUCGAUAUACUUCGUCUCCUAUAUCCUAUAUUUUAUCCUCAACGCUUUUCUAAAUACAUAUGUAUAUCCGUGUGUAUAGCCCACACAUGUAUACGUAUAUAUUUAUUCUCUAUUUAUUUUUAUCUAUUUAUGAAUAUAAAAUGUAAACGAAAAAAAUGUUACAUGAUAUUAUGUAAGAAAAGUCACUUGUAUGAUAGAAGGAAAGUUGUAUUAGUAGAGCAUCACUAUAACGUUAAGAAGACGCUGAAUGUUGUUAACUAAAGCCAAAACCUUGGUUCCCCAUUCUUUUCGAUGUCGAAAACGUGUGUUGUGCCAUGCUUGUACUUAUUCUUGCAACGUACGUAAUUCGCUUAUGCUUGAAAAAAA